UCUAAAUUCUAGGAUGUGAUAAGUGAUAUGAUAAAUUAGAUUCGAAAAUAUUGUGAUUGUAAUUGAGGCAAUAACAAAUAUAUCUCUUUUCUCCGUUUUAGUUUAUUUUAAGAGUAUUUUGCAUGUAGCAGAGUUUGCCAUUAAGAAAAAUGUAAUAUGAGCACAUUUAGAUGAAUCAACAGGAAAACCCAAUGUGGUUACAGUCUUGUUUGGUGCAGAUAAUUUAGAGAUAAUAUUUGUAUCAUGGUAUAAUAAACUUAAGCAGGAAAAUGGUUCCCAUUCCAGCAGAGUAUUUACCUGAUUUUUGGAAUCAAAUUUCCACCGAGUGUACAAUAGAAGUCACUUGCCUUCUACCAAAUGGAAUAAUCAUCUUAUUAAACGUAAACUACAAUGCCACACUCGCAGACAUUAAAGAGGAUCUAUGGGAGGAAGCUGCCAAGUUCCCUUUAUAUGGAAAACUGCACAACAUGUCGGUGUACAUAUUUACGUACAUCAAUUCUAUGGCCGAAAGAGAAAAACUGGUUGAUGAGUCUCGAAGGCUAUGCGAUAUUCGACCUACUGGUGCCGUUUUAAUUAUAACAGAAUGUAGGGAAGAAGAAAUAGACGAUUCUCUCAAUAUUUCCAUAGGUCAUUUGAUAGGCAAACGAUUGCAGGAAUUUGAUGCCUUAAAUAGUUCAGAGGUAAAUGAGUUCCGUUUUAAGAUGCGGAAAAUGGGUGAAGAAAUUGCCGAUAAUAGAAAAAAGCAGACUUGGCAGGAAAAGCUGUUUUACCAGUUCCCUCCACGUAUAUCAACAAAUAGCUUCAUAUUGACCGAAUAUUUAAAAGAGAAUAAAUUCAUUAAAAUAGCAUCCAAAUUUGAUAACGAAUAUGAUAACUAUUCUGAGAACAGAAGUAACGAGAAAGACAUAAUGCAAAGUUCUUUCACUUUUAACGUUCCGCCUAACAUAAAACCCAAGAAGCUAUUAGAAAUGAUUUUAGCCAAGAGGGCCACAAUACUGAACCGCAGAAAUGAAAGAACUAAUGAAUAUGUUUUGAAAGUUUGUAGUCAAGAUGAUUUUUUAGUAGGAGAGUAUGAAAUCAUAGAAUUCCAAUAUAUUCAAGACUGCAUAUCUAGAGAAAUUACCCCAACUUUAGUCACAGUUCAUGUAGACAGGGUGCCAGUAUCCCAGGCAAACGAUUACGAAUCAUUAGACAUCUUUGACAAUAAAAAAAACAAACCAGUGCCAUAUAAUUCUACGAAUACACUUCGUAAAAAGAAAAAUACAGUGUCAUCCUGGUCCAUCACCGAUAAUUAUGUAAUGACAGUCAAUACAAUUACCAAGUUGAAUGUAGAUUCAAAGAAAAAUCCAGAGAUUGGCCUUCAGUCUGGUUUUUUCCACGGUGGAAAGCCUUUGUGCGAAACUCAGAAAACAUCUGAUAGAGUAACUGAUGAGAAAUGUGAUAUAGAAUUGGAUAUUACAUUAAAUUUUGAUAUUCAAGUACAUAACAUACCCAAAACUGCCAGGCUUUGCUUUGUUAUCUAUGAGAUUGUAAGGGGAAAGGGAACUAAGUCGAAAAAGUUUAAAGAUUCUAGUAAGGAUUGGAUGCCCAAUCCCUUGGCAUGGGUUAACAUGACUGUAUUUGACUUCAAAAGUCAGUUGAAAACAGGUGCAAUGACCCUCUACAUGUGGACUUACACUGAAGAGAUAAAUUCAGAAAUGAUUCUCAACCCCUUAGGUACGGUUGUCUGCAACCCUAAUACAGAAUACGCCACUGCAAUAUCCAUACAUAUUAAAAGUUAUGCAAAAGAUCAGAUAAUACUAUUUCCAGAUAUAGAAAUCAUGAAAAGUUAUGCUAAGGAAAUCGAAAUGCAAAAAGAAAAUGAAUCGGGGGAAGUACCUGAUAUUCAGCUUUAUAAAAAACAGCUUUACAAUUUUGAUUUGUAUGAAAUUCAUGACCAGGACAGGAAAAAUAUGUGGGCUCUCAGAUAUUACUGGCGUGACCACAAUCCUGAAUUUUUACCAAAAUUGUUGUUGUGUAUAGAUUGGGAUAAAAGGGAAGAUGUUAGUCAGGCUGUAUGUCUGUUAACAGACUGGCCUAAGUUACCUAUUGAGAAAUCUCUGGAAUUACUAGAUUUUGCAUAUGCGGAUCAUGAAGUUAGGAGCUUUGCUGUAAAAUGCUUAUGGGAUGUCAGUGAUGAAGAUUUAUUACUUUUUCUUCUGCAAUUAGUGCAAGCAAUUAAACAUGAAAUAUUCACCGAUUGUGAUCUGGUACACUUUCUUCUAAAGAGGGCUCUAAUAAAUCAAAAAAUAGGACAUUUCUUGUUUUGGCAUCUUAAGUCAGAAAUGCAAGUGCCUUCAGUGUCGGUCCGCUUCGGUCUCAUCCUAGAGGCGUACCUCAGAGGCACCCAGGAACACAUACACAUUCUGCAAAAGCAACUCGACUGUGUGGAGACAUUGAAGAAGUGCAGUGAUUUAAUUCGAAUAAAAAAAGACAAGGAGAAAGCUCGGGGUGUGUUAAGAGAAUAUCUCAGUAAAUCGUCAACUGAAUCAGGUUUCAACUACAGCAGAAUUCCUGCGCAUCAUACUAGGAGUCCCCUGGAUCCCAGCUACAGGUGUAGAAAAAUUAAAUACGAUAAAUGUAAAAUUAUGGACAGCAAAAUGAGGCCCCUGUGGGUGGUGUUUGAAAAUUCUGAUACUUACGGAGAUGAUGUCUACAUCAUUUUCAAAAACGGCGACGAUCUUAGGCAAGACAUGUUAACAUUGCAAAUGAUAAGAGUAAUGGACAGGUUGUGGAAGGGGGAAAACUUAGAUUUAAGAAUGAAUCCUUAUGGUUGCAUAUCCCUAGAACAUAGAGUAGGUAUGAUAGAAGUAGUUUUAAAUGCCGAGACUAUUGCGAAUAUCCAGAAGGAAAAGGGUAUGUUCACUGCCACGGCUGCCUUCAGAAAGGGGCCCAUUUUAGCAUGGUUAAAAGACUACAAUACAACUGAAGCUGCUUUAAACAAGGCAGUGACUGAAUUUACACUGUCGUGUGCUGGUUAUUGUGUGGCCACGUAUGUCUUAGGAAUUGCAGACAGGCAUUCCGAUAAUAUAAUGGUCAAGAGGAACGGUCAGCUUUUCCACAUUGAUUUUGGGCACAUAUUGGGCCACUUUAAAGAAAAAUUUGGAUUCAAAAGGGAACGAGUACCUUUCGUGUUAACACAUGAUUUUGUUUACGUUAUAAAUAAAGGACAAAAUUCUAAAGCAUUGGAAUUCAAAAUUUUUCAAGAGUACUGUGAAAAGGCAUUUAUGAUUUUACGGAAACACGGUAAUCUAAUAUUGUCACUUUUCGCGAUGAUGAUAUCGACAGGUCUUCCUGAACUGACCUCUGAAAAGGAUCUCAAUUAUUUACGUGAAACUUUGGUUUUAAAUAAGACAGACGAAGAAGCACUGCAACACUUUAGAGCUAAAUUCGACGAGGCCCUCUCAAAUUCAUGGAAGACGUCUUUAAAUUGGGCCUCACACAAUAUAGCAAAGAAUAAUAAGACAUAG